CUUCGACUAUCUAGGGAAAAAAAAAAUCAGAUCAACUCGUGUUGCGGAAGGGGAACCUUUAGCGCUAGCCUGGAUGUUGCGUUUUCUCCGUCAUAAUCGUGUUGUUCGUGUGUCAAGUGCGGCUCUGGCCUCACCUUUGCUCUUCUUCUUUGCUUUAUCGGAUAUACAGUCCAUUUUUGAAUACCAGGUCCCAGAAAUCCAACAAUCACGGCCACUCCGGCGGCAUCUGGCUUAUAGAUUCCAUAAACAACUCAUCCCUCUGUUCCUCUCCCUUCUCUGCCUCUCAUCUCUCCAUCUCCAGAAUUAAUGAUGACUUCUCGUACUCCGCCGGAUUGGGACCCCAACAAUCCUCCUCCACCCGAGGAGUGGACCCAGCGUCCCACAAAACGCAAACGACUGCUCAAAGCAUGCUCACAGUGCCACAAGUCCAAACGUAGAUGUGACGGCUUUGGUCCCUGCCAGAAUUGCGAAUUCGCAGGCAAGCAAUGCGUGUACCUUGACACAUCUGGGAGAGAGAUCAGCCCCCCUCAUGGCAGACAUCCCAUCACCGAAAGACUACCAUCGAGUCUGCCGUCCUCUUCACAUCCUAUGGAAUCCACCCGACGGGGACCCUCUGGAUCGAUUGCAGCUAAUAUCGUACUUAGCCCUCCCGAGUCCCUCAACAGUGCCACGCCUUCCACUUGGAGUGACUCCAGCGUGACCUCCCUCAGGGCCCCAAUUGACCGAAGUGCCUCUCUUGUUACACGUGAAGAUUUGGGUAUCGACGCUGUGCUCUGUCGGGAUCUUGUCAAUAUAUUCUUCUCAAAAGGUUUCCCUUACAACAACAUUUUCCACCGGCCAUCCUUUCUCAAUGAUCUCGCCAAUGGACUCAUCCCGCAUUACCUUCUUCACGCAAUCUUUGCUUUGGCGGCGCCUCUCUCCAACUCGCCAACGAUUCGCAGACCUCCCGGCCUUUCCCCGUACGAUGAACCUCCUCCCCCCUGGAAGCUAGGCGAUAGGUUUGCUCAAGCUUCACUUAACGCCUUGCGCAGUAUUUCCAGGGCGGAAGACGGGGAGAUCAGGGCGGAGGACCACCCAGGACACGAGCUUGAGCUCGCCCAGACGCUUCUCUGUCUAUCCCUCAACGAGUCCACGGUUCGGAGGAAAAACAAGUUACCACACCAUCACGAAAUCUUGCACUCCUCACUGCGCAUAUUGAUUGAUCUCGAAGCGCAUGACUGGGGCUUGGGUGAGGAAGAACCCACUGCUACGGGGUACGGACAAAGCCUUCCGGGUCACCUCGGUUCAAGCUCUCGCCGUAAUACUUCUUGGUCGUCAUCUUCACCAACUGGGACAUAUGCGUCUGAUGAUGCUCAUCGCGAAAAAAAGAAACAAAGAUACAUAUGGAGUCGAAGAGAAGCCUAUCGUCGAACUCUCUGGGUAUCGCAGUUCGCCCACAUGCUCGCGACCGCCAUUUGUGUCCUUCCAAUGUGCUUUCGAGACCUGGAUGUACGCCUGCCGUUGCCAGUAAACGAUGGGGCCUUCGAUUUGAUGGAACCUGAAGAUACCAUUCCUGCACCCAAUCACUUGGCCGACACGCAACGAAUGUACAUUUCAGAGUUGGGGCACCUAAUUCGUGUAGCCGCCGUUUACGCACGAGUCAUUGGUUUUGUAGCGUGUAUCCGUGAUGCACGGCAGAAGGCAUUCGAUGCGGGCGAAGACUAUGGCUCUUGCUCCUUCCGCGAUACCUUCCUGUUCUGCAGGGACCACCUUGAGAGAUGGCGGCGCUCGUUGCCUAAUGAGUUACAAUUCAAUGAAGCAAAUAUCAUUAUACAGCUGUCGAAUUUUGAUUCUGGUAUCAGCCAUUCGGGAUUUUUGUAUGCCUUCAUGCAUGCUCUAGCGCAAUGCGCCAUACUUUCAUUAUACGCCGCUCUCGAAGUGAACCUGGAUUAUGAUGCUGUGGAGGAGUUUGCACCUCUUCGUCGCAGGGCUCACGACACCUUAUUGAAUAUUCUGGAACGCCUAGGCCCGCGUGGUCGAUUCUCAAUUUGCCUGGCCUCAUUGCUGGUUCACGUGGGAGGCCAUGGUCUCCCUCUCGAUGAGCUUUCAGUUAUGCGAGCUAUCAACGAUCCGAGAGCACGUCCACUUCUUGAGGAGUACGAAAUGAACUGGGGUGUUGCACCGUAUGACCUUUUGAACACCCAAUUUCGGACCAAAUGGAUAAAACCGGUUCUAUCCAUCAACGCCUACAGCAGCCCCGACAGCGUGAACGGCCCACCUCUAAGUGGAUCUGUGUCCCCCACAGCCCUUACUACAAAUGGCUUGACUCAGCACGGAUGCUUUUCGUCAUGCGAUGAGAAUAAGCACGUCGCGUGCCGAACGCGCUUCACGAGGCGAAAGGUUCGAUAUGUUUCAUUGGAAAAUGGCCAACGCCCGACGGGACCCCAAUUCUUCCUUCCUUCGUAUGAGCCAGAACUGACUCUACCUGGAAAUGCCGCCUCCGCCCCGCGCGGCUCUCGUCCCAGCGACACCUUCUCGAACCUGACUUUGCCGCCAAUCCGGAAUGCAUCAAGCGCUAAUAUCACCCCUGCGCCACCGCCCUCCACCCUGCACGAGCCUUUCCGUCAACUACACCCCCUUCCCGUACCCGGCCCGACACUUCCAAUUAGCACUCCCCGGCCAUUUGACAAUUCGACAAGAGAUUUUCGACCGCCAAAUCACACGCUUCCUUCACUUGUUCGGCCCGUGCCCACGUCAGAGCCAUUCCCGAGCUCUGGCACGUCUCCAGUAGCUCACCAAGGGCCCAAUCUAGGUCAUGCGUACGAGCAUCCACAUCAACAGCGUCAACCAUCUGGCCCACCCAGGAUGCCGUGGCCAGGUGCACCGUCAAGCGGUUCAUCUGCAGCAAGUUCUUCAGCAACUCGGGCUCGAGCUCCAUCUUCAUUCGAUGAUCGGCACUUUCAGGGACGGGGGUGAAAGUCAAUUUUUGUGAGAAUGGACCUGCCUCGCGCCUGGUUACCCGCUCUUACCCUAUCAUUUUCCCAUGAUAAGAAACAAAACAAAACAAUCCAAAAAAAAAAAACUAAGCUAUUAUGUUAAAGUUUCAGCGGUUCUUGAUUUUAUCUUUGCCGCGGCAGGUUCUGUCUCUGAUUGUCAGGCACACGCGAGCCUUCUUGUUUCGUCAUGGUCAGCCGCGGAAGCCAAUCCCGCGGAAACGGGAACGGUAAAGCCUACGGCUGGAAGAUAAUGGAUUUCUUGUUUUAAUUUUUUCAUUCCUUCUUGAUCUCGGUA